CAUUUUCUCAGGUAGGAUACGUUUUGCCCAAAAGUCGCUAUUUCCUGAGAACACCGCCCCCACCGCACCGAAAAUGGAGGUUCAUCAAGUGCCAGUCGUCGACAUUGGCGCCCUCAUGGCACGCGACACGGACGCUGAAGUCAAUGCCGCACUACGCGACACUGAAGACGUCGCACUUCGUGAGAUCCUCGAGAAUAUCCGCGCUGCUGCCAGCGAGUGGGGCUUCUUCUACGUCACUAACCAUGGUCUACCAGAAGAGGAAAUGGAAAGGUUCCGAGAAAGCAUGCGAUCGUUCUUCCAUCUCCCAGUAGAUAUUAAACGCAGUAUCGCUCGGACUGAAGAAAAUGUGCGUGGAUACGUUGAGAAGGAACUCACGAAGAACAAGACAGACUGGAAAGAAUGUUUUGACUUCACUGGUGCGUACGAGGAUGACCCACCCAAUCUCAACAACAGCGAACCACCAAGAAAGCUGCAAAACCAGUGGCUGGAUGAAAAUGUACUCCCCGGAUUCCGCCACGAAAUGCAAACGUACUACGAGAAGAUGGCGUACAUGUCACGUCGAUUGAUGAAGUUGUUCGCUGUUGCUUUGGGCGAAGACCCAACGUUCUUUGACAAGUUUUUCCAUGGGAACCACCCCAGUGUAAUGAGACUGAAUCACUAUCCAAUUGCUCCAGAGCCUGAGAAAACGAUGGGCGUUUAUCAUCACACAGAUUCGGUCGCACUUACAAUUUUACUGCAAGAUGACGACGUGGCUUCACUGCAAGUGCUACACCGAGAGUCGAACACGUGGGUGAACGUACCGCCACGUAAAGGCACGUACACCAUUAACACUGGGGAUUUGAUCCAAGUGUGGUCCAAUGACAAGUUCGUGGCGCCAUUGCAUCGUGUGCUGGCUACGGACAAGGCCAGUCGAUACACAGCUCCGUUCUUUUAUCUCCCGGCGUACGACGUGCAGGUGGAGCCUAUUGUGGUGAAGGAAGGCGAGGUGCCCAAUUACCGUCCGUUUAGCUUUCUCGAGUACAUUGUGGCACGUGCUCGAGGAAACUAUGCCGACUUGGGCCAAGAAAAUCAGAUUGGCGACUUCAAGAUCAACGGGCCCAUUGACACUGCCAAUUCCUAAGCGUGCAGAUGGCGGCAACACGCUCACGACUUUAUAUCACAAAGUUUGGCCCUUUGCGUUAUAAGUUAUCUCCUCGAAUUACUCUUUAUAUUGCACACUUGGCAAAAGAAGCUAAAUAAUAAAAUGAUCUGCGUUGUAAAGUGGAUUUCGUUGCCAAUGCCACCCA